AUGGGCCGCACCAGAAGCCGGCCACCGCGGCACGUCCGCGAGGCGUCGCAGGCUGCCAAGAAGAUCGCAGACGCCACAGGCACCUCCGAGCCGGCUGCACCGACACAGGAGCAGAAGCCGAAGCUUUCCCAGCAGCAGCUUGCACUGAAGUGGGAGAUGCAGUGGCGGCCUUCAGCCGCGCAGGGCACUCCGUACAGCUAUGGUAAGAGCUGCGGUGGCUGGGUGAAGAAAAAGGAUGCCAAGCGCGGCGUGGUCUUCAGGUGGCGCUGGAGCACCGUCCUGCCGAGGAGCCUCGGUGGUCCCGGCCCGUCGCUUGCAGGAGAGCCCCGACACCGCUUCCGCCAGCUCUCUUCGGUGUCCGGCCUAGGGCCCAGCCCUGCCUUCGCUGGGAAGCGAACGGUUUUCCAGGAGCUUGCAAAGUCCAAGCGGAAGCGAAAGCCCGUGCACAAAGGGUCAAAAUCUUCAAGCCCUUCUUUGGAUGACACCUGGAUGUACCCUUGGCUCAAAGCCACCCCUCCAGCCAUGACUGCGAAGGACUGGAUCAUCAAGAAUUUCUUAAUCCUUGGCCUCCUGGCCGUGAUCACCUUCGGCUUGCUUUGCCCGGCGCCAGGAGAAGCCUUGGAUGGCAUCGAAAUUGGGAGGUUUCGCCUGCCGCAGGUAGCGGUCAUCGUGAUUUUCGUUGUGUCGGGUCUCUGCCUGGACUCGAUCUCCGAGUGUCUGCAGUACAAGGCACUUACCUUGUCCGUGGUGCUCGUCCUCGGCGUCACCCCGCUCCUCGCUUAUCCGAUCCUGCAUUACGGGCAGGGCUAUGUCGAGGAGACCCUCUUAGAGGGCCUGGCCGUCUUCUGUGUGGUGCCCACGACCUUGUCCUCCGGAGUGACCAUGGUGACCCAAGCCAAGGGCAACGUGUCCCUGGCGGUGCUGCUCACGACCAUCACCAACCUCCUAGGCGUAGCCACGAUGCCGUGGUCCGUGUCGAAGAUCUUUGCUGCCAAAGUGCCGAUCAAGCCGUCAGAGAUGCUGUUCGAGCUCAUUUGGCUGACUUUGGUGCCCUUGGUCGUGGGGAUGGGACUUCGAGAGGUGUGGCCAGCAGCCAAGAGCUUUGCGAAGACCAACAAGAAGGUUCUCGGCCUUUGCCAAAACAGUUGCAUCUUGUUGGUGGUCCUCCUGAUGACUUCCAGCGCUCAGCCGAAGAUCGUCUCGACAGAUUCCUAUGACCUGUCUUGCGCCUUGGGCAUCGCCGCCGGCAUCCACUUGGUCUACCGUGUUGUGGGCUACUUCUCAGCAACGGCGGCGGUGCUGGAGCCCCGCGAGUGGGUGACCGUGGUGCUCAUGUCCAGCCAGAAGUCGCUGCCUGUCUGUGUCUCCGUGAUGUCAGCCCUGCCGCCCGUUCUUCGCGCAAACUCCGGGCUGAUGAUCGUUCCUUGCAUCAUGGCUCACGCCUCCCAGCUGAUCAUCGACUCCAUCCUGGCAGUCCGCUGGGAGGUGAAGGAGGAGAAGCAGGCUCCCCUCCUCCCCUCCUGA